AAAGGAAACUGCUCUGCUGAAAUGAGCGGCAUGCGCACGAAUCUGAAAGCCGUAGGGAAUGCACAAAGCGCAUUUCAUGCAUCAACAGGUUAUUGCAAUCUAAAGGAGAGCUCGCGGGGUCCCUGCGGUCUCCCACGCCUGUAAGUUAUUUUAUGUUUAGAGUGGCAUUUAACUUCACCUUGUAGGCUACAUAUUUUCUAAACGCAGACUCAAGCAAGCGGGCGAAUCGAUCCUACUGCUCCCUUUUGGGAAAACCUAUUUUGUUUUGAAGAUGACGAGGGACGACCGUAACAAAACAACAAGUUAUAUUUUAUCAUGAACUCUCUUGGAAAUAAUCAACCACGGUUGGGAAGCUGUGCUAUCUAUCUCAAUGUUCCAAGUUUUCCUGGAUGCCAAAUUGUGCGAUUUCGGUGUAGCCUACCCGGCGUGUCUUUAUAACGUAUUGCAGUCAAAUUAGUUACGAAAAGACUAAAGGUCGAUGUUGUCUGGAGAGUCAUUGGCAUAGUUUUUGAAUGGGCAGCUAUAUUUAAUUGGACGUUAGAUUACAUCGCUUGCUGUUCGUAAGGAAAACAAAAAAAGGUUUCAAUAAGCCCUAUGUACGACUUGGAGAAACUGGCUCAGCAAAUUAAUGUCAUUGACUGAUGUUGACCGCUGUUGACCCUGACGUUCACUGCAACCGUCAACUUUUCUGGAGUUCGUCACGACCUCGAAGGAGACAAACGAACCAAUGCGUUGAUGGUCCCGAACAAGUGGAAUAUGAACUCGGUUCUGCACAGGUCACCUCAGAAGAGCUGGCUUGGACUCCGCUUGCGGUUGAAUGAAAAGUCUGCCCAGGAGGAGAAGUGUGUAUUGUGUCAGCACCCGGACUGCCCCGAGCGCAGAUACGCCACCAAGGUCUGCCACCACCCGCACUGCCAGGAGCUGAACGGCCAGACGCCACUCAGCCUGUGCGAGUCAUGUGACUCCCGCUGCCACCCGGACGAGACGGACAGCAUGCACUACGACCGCCACCCCCGCUUCCACCUGCAGCCGCAAGGUUCCAUCCUGGCCCGGAACGUGUCCACGCGCUCCUGUCCCCCCCGCACCAGCCCCCCCUCGGACCUGGAGGAAGAGGAUGAGGGCGGCAGCGAGCGGGGGGAGCGGAAAACAGGAGGCUUAAAAAUGGUGAAGAAGAAACCAAGACGCCGCCACACCGAUGAUCCUAGCAAGGAGUGCUUCAGCCUAAAGUUCGACCUCAACGUGGACAUCGAUACUGAGAUCGUCCCUGCCGCGAAGAAGAAGACAUUGCGGGAGGUGCUGGGACCUGUGUUCGAGCGUAAGGGGAUUGAGCUUUCCCGCAUCGACCUGUUCCUGGACCAGUCCAACACGCCGCUCUCAUUGAACUUUGAAGCCUACCGCUUCGGGGGGCAUUACCUGAAAGUGAAAGCGCGGGCGGGGGACGAGCUGAAGGUGGAGCAGGGCGUGAAGGACCCGCGGUCCCUCAGCCUGCCCAACAUGAAGCCCGGCGGGGGCCACAACCCGUACAUCCUCCUGACCCCCGGCACCGAGAGGGUGGAGCACGGCUCGCUGGGGCGCAGGGAGAGCGUGGACCUGAUGGGUCAGGGACGUCGGCGGAAGAACAUGAAUGAGUUUUUGGGCGACGCCACCAUCCCGUCCCCGGACUCGCUGUCUCAGCUGGGCUCGUUCCCGGGCAUCGGGGGCGGGGCGGGGCCGGACACCUGGAAGAACCGAGCGGCCAGCCGCUUCAGUGGCCUCUUCGGCUCCACCUCGGGCACCAGCCCCUUCGGCAAGGAGGUGGACCGUGUGGAGCUGUUGCAGAGUAAGCUGCUCUCGUACACACUGCAGGGGCUGCCCAAGGCUCCUCCUCAGCUCUCCUUCCACCAAGACUCCUGGGAGGAGGAGGAGGAAGAGGAGAUGGAGGACGAGCCCAGCCUGGAGCUGGAGGAGAGCUGGCAGACCCUGCUGGAGAACCCUGAGUCGCUGACCAGGCGGCAGUUCCAUCAGCAGGAGGCGAUCUGGGAGCUUCUGCAGACAGAGUGCACCUACAUCAAGAAACUGAGGGUCAUCACCGAUCUCUUCUCGAGCGCCCUGCUGAACCUGCAGGAGGGCGGGUUGCUGCUGGAGGUGGAGCCGGUGCGUCUCUUCAGCAACAUUCAGGACCUGGUGCGGCUGCACACGUCGCUGUGGGCCCAGGUCAUGCUGCCGGCGCUGGAGAAGGCCCGGCACAACCACGCCCUGCUGGACCCCACAGACCUGCAGCAGGGCUUCAGCACUUUUGGCUCCAGGUUUAAGCCCUACAUCCGUUACUGCAUGGAGGAGGAAGCCUGUCUGGAGUACAUGCGCAGUCUGCUGAGAGACAACGAGCUCUUCAGGAUCUACGUGACGUGGGCAGAGACGCACAAGCAGUGCAACAGGCUGAAGCUGGCGGACAUGUUGGUGAAGCCCCACCAGCGCCUCACCAAGUACCCCCUGCUGCUGAAGAGCGUGCUGAAGAAGACUGACGAGCCCGCAGCCCGCGAUGCCAUCAGCAGCAUGGUGGAGUCAGUGGAGCGCUUCAUUAACAGCGUGGAUUCACAGAUGCGCCGUCGUCAGGAGCGGCAGAAACUGGCCGCCAUCUCGGGCCGCAUCGAGUCUUACGAGGCGGUGGAGGGGGCCAGCGAGGAGGUGGAGAAGAUCCUGCGGGAGUUCAGCCGCUUCGACGUGACGGCCCCCAUGAUGGGCACCUCCUCCCAGGAGACGCGGCAGCUGCACCUGGAGGGGGCGCUGCGCAUGAAGGAGGGCAAAGAGAGCCGGAUGGACGUAUACUGCUUCCUGUUCACGGACCUGAUCCUGAUCACCAAGCCGGUGAAGAGGGUGGAGAAGGUGAAGGUGAUCCGCCAGCCACUGUUCCUCCACAACGUGGUGUGCAAAGAGCUCAAGGACCCCGGCUCGUUCCUCCUCAUCUACCUCAACGAGUUCCACAUCGCGGUGGCUGCCUACUCCUUCCAGGCCAACAGCGCCACCCAGGGGCGGAGCUGGGUAGAGGCUAUCUGUAACGCGCAGAACCAGCUACAGAAGCUUCGUUCCGAGGAGUCGCACCGGCAGCAGACUCCUCUUCAGCAGCGGAUGGAGGAGGAGGAAGAGAGCAGCAACUCAGCCGCUAGCUCCCCCUGUCUGCGAUACAAGGAACCGCAGAGCGAAAGCCAAUCGGACGGCUCCACCGAGACACUGUCCGUGGCUGCGACGGAGGAGACAAGCGGACUCAACGAUUCGUCAUCCCCGGAGACGGACCCAGGGGGGUCCCUGGGGGACAGCUGCGUCUCCGGGCUGAGCCUUCAGCAGGGGGCGCAACCUGUGGAGGCAGACCCCCAGUGUUGCUCCCUGUCCAUGGACAGCGCCUACGGGACCCUCUCCCCCGAAUCCCUCCUGAGAGAGCUGGAGCUGAGGGAGAGGAGGGCCCAGAGCGAGGGGGAGGAGACCGAGCCUGAAGACAGGGAGGAGCAGGAGGAGCAGGAAGAGCAGGGCCCGGCAGAGGAGGAGGCCAGCCAGCGCUCGGACGGCCACGCCCCCGUGCAGCCCCUCCUCCGCUGCCUCCAGACCUCCGCCCACAACUCGCGCUCUGAGGACAACCUGCUGCAGCGGCUCCGGGACUCCGUCACCCAGCAGGCUCUGGGGUGGGCCGAGGGCCUGGCUCACAGCAAGAGCCUGUCCAACCUCUACAGGCGCAGCUUCGCAAGCAGACAGUUUCCGGUUCAGGGGCGGCCCGACUCCCUCGGUGACGUCUCCACGGGCAGCGCUUCUGAAAACAGAGCGAGCGAUGCUCUGAGGAGGGCCGCGGUCCAGCAGGCCCAGUGGGCCCUCGGUUCGGACGGCGAGGCGGGGCCCUCUGCUGUGCCGGAGGGGAACUGCGAGCCGGCAGACGGGGAGGAAGUCUGCGGGCCAGAGCCGGAGGGGAACCGGAAGUCGCCGGAACCGCAGCACAAAAAGCUGACCCUGGCGCAGCUCUACCGCAUACGCACCUCUAUGGUGCUCAACUCUACUCUCACGGCAUCGGAGGUGUAGUCACUCUGGCAGAUAACCAAACGCCAGUGCCCAGGUGGAACUGCACUGCCAGAGUCUGUGUACGUGGUGGGACUGAAUUCCCUGCAACGCAAAUGCACUCUCCAAGAAAAACCGAUCCCCCUGCCUUCCUGUUGGCUGUGAGUUUGAACGUGCGCAGCCCGUUUCCCAGCGAAGCCUCAAGAUUAUGAAGGCGAUAGUGAUGUGUCGUUAUUGUCAUUCAAUUCCAUGGAUGUUCUUUAAGGGAAAAGGGGAGGCAUUGGAGAUGAACAGUUUGCACUUUUUUAAACAUUAGAAGCAUUGAAGGGACACGAAGCCGGGAUCUGCGGAAGAGCAGAAAGAGACCGAGGCAAGCCUCAAACGACUGAACAAACAGCAAUGACCUGGACUUCACCUUUGACUUUUGACCCAGAGGCAAUCUGUCUGUCCAUGAGAGGGGUGGGAAGGGGAGGGGAGGGGUGGAUCAGUUAAAGACUUGUGCACAAGAACAACUACACAGGAAGAAAAAUUUCAAGGCACGGGAAGCACAUUAAUUCCUCUUUAGGCUGUUUUUCCCCCCAAAAAAAGGCGUACAGCACUAAAAGUAGAAACCAAAAUCCUUUGAGGACGUCUGGGAUGUCUUGUGUGUGUGUAUGUAUGUGUGUGUAUGUGUGUAUGUGUGCCUGCGCAUGUGUGUGGGUAUUUUGCAACUUAACAUGCGUGUGUGUGCACGUGUGUCGGUGCACGUGUGGGAGAACCAAACAAAAGUCCCUGACUGAACCAAACAAGAGAAACCUGAUUUAAGAUGGUGUUACUCUGUCUCAGGAGUAUACCAGUGGGUCCAAAGACGUAUGCCUUUUUGACAAAGUACAGGCGUUCAGGACUAACAGAGCGACAAUGAACAAAAGCACAAGAAGCAGUGUGUGGUCUCAGUCUGGCUGGCUGGCUUCCUUUCUUCUGUAAACGCUAUAAACAUUUCUCUCCCCAACUCCGCUCGAAAUAGAAGCACAGUCUGUAAUUCCAGAGCAUGUUUCUGCACUGCAUUGUGGGUAGGCGAGUUCUAAACUCGCCGUUGAGAGGGAGAGAGGGGGACAGCGGGAAGUUAGAGGUGGACGAUGCCCGCUUCAGUGCUCCAAACACAACCAGCUAGUUUCCGAACUUUGCUGAAAGAACAGAAACCCGCACACAGCCUCGGGCUAAAAUGGUGAGUGAGGGUUUGGUUACUGUGCCCCUUUCACAGGAGUGCAGAGGCUAUGGCAUCUAUACCCACAUCUGUGCUAAUGACAGUAUUAGAGCUUACUUGUACUCUGAAAGCUUGAAACCUCCCUUGCUUUGAAUUAGUGGGAUAGUAAGUAAUUAACACCAUGAAAGUCAGUACAGUUGGAUAGACCCAAUUACUGAGUGUGAAUUGGACAGUGUCUUUUAUUAAAGUCUAGCUCUUGAUACCAUAGGCAUUGUGAAAAUGACAUCUUGAAGAACGUUUUGCUUGACUAGGCCUUAGCGCUUAUGUUAAAAACUAAAGAUUGAAUAUCAGGAACGGGGCUUCACACCACUGAAGACUGACAUUUUCAGAAUAAAAUGUAUUUCGGUAAUGCAGCAAAAGGGCCUUUUAGUCCCUUCUGGUGUUAUCAGGCCCAAAGUUAAUAGUGUAACAUGUUUUCUUUGUGUCUAUGUGUGUUAUAUUUAUUGAGCUUGCUUUGUUUUAUAUAAAAUAUGAUUUCUAUUUGUGUUCAUGAAAUUGUCCUGUUUCCUGUGUGUCGUCUUAACGUCAGAUCUGUCAUUUUGAAUGUUUGAUCAUAAUUUGCUACAAAGCUAAAAUACUGUGCUUACCCUUUACCUGAAUGUCUCAAGGAUCUUAUGAGAAAUAAUAAAGUAUCUAGCAUUUUUUAAUUUACUGUACAGUAAAGACGGGGGCCCUGUUUCCUGAAGUCCAUUGCCUCCAACGCAUGUUUUAUGUGCACUGUAGACUAAAAACACAUCUUGUGAGGAUAGAAAGACUAUAGCUGUGUUCUGUCAUAGUGCCUUCGUAGUGAAACACGUUAAAAGCAAACGCAAUACGCCAUUUUAAAUAUCACUCAGAAGAGGUCAUAAGGGGAAUACAGCUUGAAUAGAGUUCCACUAGCUGCAAACAAAGUCUGUCUUAACAAGCAUUUUAGUUUAGUGCUUUGUAUUGACAUGUAAAUUCUUUUUUUUUUCCUGUCAAGGUGAAAGAAUGAGCUUGUUUUCAGUUAUUUUUUUGCUUGUCAAGUGAAAUUGUCUUACCCUGUUUGGAAAUCUUCAAAGAAGAAACUGUCUGACCUCAUUGGCAAUCUGUCUCAUUUAGGAAAGAAGUAAUGGAAAUAAGAUUUUUAAAUCUAAACAUAAGACAAAAAUACUUUUGAUUUACUUUUGUUUUUUUGGAGGGCUUAUGUGCUCUCUCCAAAACUGCCAUCUCUUUAUGUGGUUCUCCUUUGCAUUUCAGAAGCAUUAAAUCUUCUUUGAUCGUAAACAAACAGUAUGUGACCAUGUAUGUGACGUAGAAAGAAGCACCGUGCAGCAGGGUGUUUCCCAGGGAGGGAGGGGGUAGCGGAGAAUUAGGCUGGGGUGACCGUGUCUCAUAGCUCACUAGUGACUCCUUGUGGCCAGUCAGGCGCCUGCCACCGGCUUGGUCAAGCGGCUCACAGUGUCCUCCUCCUGCUCGUGUCUGUGCUAGCCCAGCUUGCAGACUGCGCGUGGUGUGCAGAAGAAGCAGUGACCUAAACUGACAGCAGUCAUUUGCAGAGAAGAGUGCUGCUGGUGAAUAUGACAAGGCAUUCUAAAUUUGUAGGAAAUGGGGGGAGCUUAAAUAAGAAGCACUUGUCCACAGACAAGAUGGAUUUUCAAAUUCCAGAUUCCAAUUUCAGUUUCAAUGUAAAAUUUUCAAAUAUGAAAUCACAGCGCAGUGAGGUGCGCUCUCCUAGCCGUGUUCCUGCCGAACCAGCACUGGAGCUUCUGUGGGACUGUGCCUCCUCUACCGGCCACAGCACCUGAUCUGUGGGUUUCUUAUGGUAUUCUGAGGGAAAAACUGAAGUUGACUGCGAGUCACCGGAAAUAGAAAGUACAUUUGCUUUCUUUUAAGGAACUCCAACUCCUGUUUCUUUUUAUGCUAUUGAUAAACUGUAAUCACAUGUCCUGAACAGUGCAAUGCAAUGUCUCAAACAGUCCCGCAACAGCCCAUUAAAACUCUGCCAGUGAUACAUCCA